CAAGGCACCAGGAUGCCAGCGCUGCCCCUGGAUGAGCUCCAGCUGACAGAAAGGGAUCCCAAGACAGGGAAGCUGAAAACAUUACCAGCACUGCACCCAGAAAUAAAAGCAGAUCGGUCUUUUGUGCUAUACAGACCGCCCCCCCCUGCCAGAGACCCUGCUUUGGUGGAGGAAUUCUUGGAGAGAGCAAAAUUCAUUGCAGAUGACCUCAACUGGCUUCUGGCUUUGCCUCAUGACAAGUUCUGGUGCCAGGUGAUAUUUGAUGAGACCCUUCAGAAGUGCCUGGAUUCCUACCUGUGUCACGCCCCCCGCAAGUUCGACGCGUCCCUGGACUGUGAUCCCAGGGUGAAUGACAUGCAGAAGCGUCUCCACCGCAGUGUCUUCCUGACCUUCCUCAGAAUGUCCACUCACAAGGAGUCCAAGGAACAUUUUAUCACUCCCUCUGUCUUUGGAGAAAUUAUUUACAAUAACUUCCUGUUUGACAUCCCUAAGAUUCUGGAUCUCUGUGUGCUUUUUGGAAAAGGGAAUGGUCUCCUGCUCCAGAAGAUGAUUGAAAAUAUCUUCACUCAGCAACCAAGUUACUUCAGUGACCUGGAUGAAACUCUGCCCACUGUCCUCCAGGUGUUUAACAAUAUUUUGACCAAGUGUGGCCUGCAGUGUGAAGGAGCCUCUGCUGAGCCCCAGAAACUGGAAGGAAGAGUAAAUGUGACUCCAGGAAACAUGCCCCUCCAGGAGCUGAAGGACAUUGUGCUGUACUUAUGUGACACCUGCACAACACUCUGGGCAUUCCUUGAUGUCUUCUCACUGGCUUCCCAGACCUUCCAAAAACAUGAGUUCUGCUACAGAUUAGCUUCAUUUUAUGAACUGGCAAUUCCUGAGCUGGAAUCUGCAAUUAAGAAGAGGCAUUAUGAGGAUAACAGUGUUCUUGCUGAUUUGUGGAGGAGAAUUUCCCAUUCCAAGAAGAAGAUGGUAGAAGUUUUUCACAUCCUAAUAAACCAAGUCUGUCUGCAGCCCAUCCUAGAAAGCAGCUGUGAGAACAUUCAGCCUUUUAUUGAGGAAUUUCUACAGAUCUUCACUUCGGUGCUUCAGGAAAGAAGAUUUCUCCGUGACUAUGAUGAGCUGUUUCCUGUGGAGGAUGAUGUCAGUCUGCUGCAGCAGGCAUCCUCCACACUAGAUGAGACCAGGACAGCCUAUAUCCUCCAAGCAGUGGAAAGUGCAUGGGAAGGGGCAAAUAGGAAAAAAACUCAAGUCCUUCAAGAUCCAGCACCACCAGCAGCAUCUAAUGGAGCAUCAGCAGUAGUGGAGAGCACUGCUGAGGAUGUGGAGGAGCUCAGGGCUGCAUAUGCAUCAGAGGAUGAGUGUGCCGGAGCUGCUGCUGCGCCCGCUGCCAAAGUGUCAGGGGUAGAGCUGGACUCUCUCAUCUCUCAAGUGAAGGACCUGCUGCCAGACCUUGGUGAGGGCUUCAUCCUGGCCUGCCUGGAAGAGUACAGCUACAAUGCUGAGCAGGUCAUCAACAACAUUCUAGAAGACAAGCUGGAGUCAUCCUUGCGUCAGCUGGACCGAGCAAUGCGAAGACAGCUGAAACCAGACCCUACCCCUCUAGUCACUUCUCGCUAUAAUGUUUUCCAGAAUGAUGAGUUUGAUGUUUUCAGCAGGGAUUCAGUGGAUGUUUCUCGGAUCCAGAAAGGCAAGAGCAGGAGGGAGAAGGACACGACCAGGAGUCUGCUGAACGACAAGCGCCUGGUGGCAGAGCAGAAGGAGAGGUACCAGCAGUACAGCCUGGUGGUGGAGGAGAUCCCCCUGCAGCCAGGGCAGGAGCAGCUCUAUGGGGACUACGAGGAUGAGUAUGAUGACACUUAUGAUGGAAACCAAGUGGGGGCCAACGAUGCUGACUCAGAUGAUGAGCUGAUCAGCCGGAGGCCAUUCACAAUCCCUCAGGUCUUGAGACCUAAAGGACAGGAGGAAGAGGAAGAGGAUGAAGAGGAGGAGGAGGAAGAGGAAGCUGAAAAGGAAAGAACCAAGGACCACUUUGUGCAGGACCCGGCUGUGCUGCGGGAAAGAGCCGAAGCGCGGAGACAGACCCUGCUGGCGAGGAGGGGGCACAAGCACGACAGCUCAGCUGUCGUGGGGAACACCAAGGGCCACGGGCAGAACCGGGAGACGACGCAGGAGCGCAGGAAGAAGGAGGCACACAAAGGCACCCGGGCCAACCACAACCGCCGGGCCAUGGCCGAGCGCAAGCGCAGCAAGGGCAUGAUCCCCUCCUGA